UCAAUUUUCUUCAAGUCAUUCAGGCUUCGGCAACGACCAAAAUUGCUGACACCUGGGUCUCAUAUUCAUUUGGCUAUUCGAAGCAGAGGUUCCAGUUUCCAAAAACAUCCCAUAAGUAUUUUUCGCCAUGUCUCGAGGAAGCAGUGCAGGAUUUGACAGGCAUAUUACUAUAUUUUCUCCCGAAGGCCGUCUUUACCAAGUUGAAUAUGCAUUCAAAGCAAUCAACCAAGGAGGUCUUACAUCUGUUGCCUUGAAAGGUGUAGAUACUGCUGUUGUUGUAACACAAAAGAAAGUGCCUGACAAGUUGAUUGAUCCAUCAACUGUUUCUCAUAUUUUUAAGAUAACCACAAACAUCGGGUGUGUUAUGACUGGGAUGACAGCUGAUGCCCGUUCUCAAGUCCAGCGUGCUCGCUAUGAAGCAGCAAACUGGAAAUACAAGUAUGGAUAUGAAAUUCCUGUAGAUGUCCUCUGCAAACGAAUUGCAGACAUUUGUCAGGUGUAUACCCAAAAUGCAGAAAUGCGUCCCCUUGGCUGCAGUAUGAUAGUAAUUGCCUAUGAUGAAGAAAUGGGACCUGCUGUGUACAAAGCUGAUCCAGCAGGCUAUUAUUGUGGAUACCGCGCAACCUCAGUGGGUGUAAAACAAACAGAAGCAUCAUCCUACCUGGAGAAGAAAUACAAGAAAAAGCAAAAUUACACACAUGAUGAGGUUAUUCAGCUUGCUAUCACAACACUGUCCCAUAUCCUUACAGCUGAUUUCAAGCCAUCGGACAUUGAAAUCGGUGUUGUCUCUAAGGAUCAACCUGCUUUCAGAAUUUUGUCUGAGACUGAAAUUGACAAGCAUCUUACUGCUAUUGCUGAAAAAGAUUAAAUGCAAUCUUCUGUCAUUUUCAGCUUUGAAAUAAAAAGAGUAACAAAA